UCUUCAGCUUCUUCUUCCUCCAGCAGCAGCUUCCUGGAGGCCCAGAGCAUCACGGACCUCCUCCUGGACUCUGUGGCCCCGGACUGCAGCGGCCUCUGGAUCAUUUCUGCUGAUCUGGGCUCAGUUAUUCCGCUCCGGCUCUUUAGUCCUAAUUGAGUGUGAGAGAGAAGCGAUAACAGACCUCCUCCUCUUCCUCCUCCUCCUCCUCCUCGGAGAUGCCGGAGCUCCGGCACAACCUGAGGCGCUGCUCAGCUCCCCUUCCCGCUCCGCUGCGUCUCCCCGCACCUCCUCCCCGCACCUCCUCCCCGGACCUCCCGGCCAUGGGCUCCGUGCUGCCCGCCGGCUCCUCUCUGGCCCUCAAGCCGGCCUUCAAGCCGCAGCAGCCGCCGCCGCCGCUGUCCCUGGCGGACAUCAUCACGUCGGACAUCCUGCACAGCUUCCUGUACGGCCGCUGGCGGCACGUGCUGGGCGAGCAGCCGCCGCACGCGCCGCAGCAUCACCUGCAGCACGAGGAGCGCACCGGGCCGAGCGCGAGCCCCAGGACCGCCUUCACGGCCGAGGUGUUGGCGCAGUCCUUCUCCGGAGAGGUCCAGAAGCUGUCCAGUCUGGUUCUGCCCAGUGAGGUCAUCAUCGCCCAGAGCUCGGUUCCAGGAGAAGGUCUCGGCAUUUUCUCCAAAACCUGGAUCAAGGCCGGAACCGAGAUGGGCCCGUUUACCGGACGCCUGGUGUCACCAGAACACGUGGACCUGUACAAGAACAACAGCCUGAUGUGGGAGGUGUUCAACGAAGACGGGACGGUGCGCUACUUCAUCGACGCGAGUCAGGAGGACCAGAGGAGCUGGAUGACCUACAUCAAGUGUGCCCGGAACGAGCAGGAGCAGAACCUGGAGGUGGUCCAGAUCGGCAGCAGCAUCUUCUACAAGGCGGUGGAGACCAUCCCUCCCGACCAGGAGCUGCUGGUCUGGUAUGGAAACUCCCACAACACCUUCCUGGGCAUCCCUGGGAUUCCUGGAGCCGACGAGGAGACAGGAAAGAAGACCAAACCCGAUGACUUCCACACCUGUGAAGGUUCCUCCUCAUCCUCCUCCUCCUCCUCUUCCUCCUCCUCCUCCUCCUCCAGCCUAGGACGCAUGCGCUGCGUCAUCUGCCACCGCGGCUUCAACUCCCGCAGCAACCUGCGCUCGCACAUGCGCAUUCACACGCUGGACAAGCCCUUCGUGUGCCGCUUCUGCAACCGCCGCUUCAGCCAGUCGUCCACGCUGAGGAACCACGUGCGCCUGCACACCGGCGAGCGGCCCUACAAGUGCCACGUCUGCCAGUCCGCCUACUCGCAGCUGGCCGGCCUGCGCGCGCACCAGAAGAGCGCGCGGCACCGGCCCAGCGGGGACGCCGGUGCCCAGGUGGGCGGCGUGGUGGUGGUGGGGGGCGGCGUGCACUCACCGCCGCCGGCCCACCCGCCCCAGCUGACGGCCGUGCCUCACCCCGCCUCGCUGGUCCACCACAUCCCCACCAUGGUGCUGUGAUCCGGCACCGAGACGCGGCGCUCAGGGCAGCUGACCCAGGUCCAAUGGGCCUUCUGACCCGGCUGGUUCUGUUCGAGGUCGAAGUUAAAUGUUGCACAUUGAAGCUGUAAAAUAAAUGUUACUGCAGGAUGAGGUCCGAGAAACAAUUAAACCCAAAAUGUUUCCCGGAUUUAUCAGAACCUGCUGCUGUGAACAAAGCUGAGUCAGCAGAAAUGUUUGACCCGGUCCAGCUGACACCUGACGCCGCGGAUGGAUCAGAACCGGCUGGGACGCUGCUUCAGUCUUUCCUCUGCAGGAGGUUCUGGACCCAUCCAGCUGCAUGAUGAGAAAUGUUCUGUUGGUGUCGUGUUUGCUUUGCAUGCUUCUGGUGAUGUGAAGACGGGCCGCUGCGGUCCGAACCCGGAGAAUUCUCCUGAGGAACUCCUGGAGUCCUCUCUGCUGCUGCUGGACCAGACAGACCCGAGGUUCUAAACGCAGCCAGCAUUACUGCCGGUGCUGUGUGGACGGGUUCUGUUGGCGCUGUUGGGUCUCGGGCUGGAACGGAGACGGCCUCCUGGUAGAACCUCUGAAAUGGUUCUACCUGCUGUUCCUCCAGAGUUUGGCGUGAAGGUCCUGUUGCUCAGCAUGGAGGAGGAACAUGAAAGGUUCUGAGCUGAACUCUGCGUCACUUUAUGUUGUUCCGUGUCUGGAUCUCGGUUCUGGAUAGAAAGAUGUAUCGCUUCUAUAAAUGACCUCAAACUUAUAAAGUCUUAAUAAAGUAUUUCUGCUGAA